ACAGCUCCACUGCGCAUCAUGAUCGUCAACAUACAUUUCUCCAAUGCAUUAUGGGAGUGAAAUUCUGCUAAUUUCUAACAUGGCCGCCUUGUAAGUGUAGUUACGGCGCUUAAAGCUGUGUGUUUGUAAGUCGUCAAUAUUUUACAGUUCUGCGCUUUAAUGUGCAGGAAAAAGUAACAGAAACCAUCUGUGAAAUUAGCCAUACGUUCUAAAAUUGCAUACAUAGGGUUUUCAAGUAUAAUAAGAACCGGAUAACAACAGUGAUUUGUAUUGGACGUAUGGAAGGUUUACGAAAGAUAAGGUUCGUGUAAGAAGUGUCGAAAGUCAAAAAGUGGUGUGUUCCUGAAAAUGAUCGCAAAUAUGAAGUUACGCUUGUGGCUGGCAACAAAGGAUACGAUGUCGUUGGUAAUGAUGAUAUAAUCAUCAUGUACGAGCACCCCUCUGGUCUGCACAGAUGCCAUAUCCCAAACUUACACCGAAGAAGAAAAAAUGGAAAGAAAUUGGGAAUAAUAUUUUUCUUGAAACUUAAUCCAUCUGAUACAAGAUUCCAUAUAGGCUCAGUUUCUCAUUUUCCAAAAGGCUGAAAACUUUUUUUGUGACAAAUAAACCGCUGUUCUCAAAAAGUAUAGAACUUAGUCACUGCAGUUGUAAUUUAAUCUGUGAUUCUGUUGUUAGUUUUGUGCAAGAGCUGGUUUUAUACCUAGUGCUGUGAAAUAUUUCUCUAAUAAGAAAAUUUUCUUUUCUGCAACACAUUUUUAUCACAAGUGGUUUGAUGUUUUCACAUUGUUCAGGCAUAAAGCAAUAGAAUGUUAUGCAGUAAUUUCUAGGUGUCUGUGUUUUUUUGUUUAUUCAAGAAAUAUUUCCCAUUGAUUUUGUUUUAUUAAUGAAGGUUUGGUGCUAUAGAAGCAAUGUUUAUACACCUAUGAUGCUGUGAAUUGGGAUAAUGUCAAUUACUCUUGAUCACUGCACCUAUGUUCACAGUUAAGUAAUUGUUCACAGGCUUAGAUUGUCUGUGCUCCAAUGUUGGUGAAUACUUAAUAACAGAGUAUGUUGCAAAUAUAUUGUUUACAGGGUCUGUGUUAUGCUCUGAGUUGUGUUGAUUAUUGUGUUAGAUUUCAUCAAUACAGAACUGUUUUUGGUUGUACCGUGUGUUGUAGGUAUAGCUUGAUUCGUUUUUAAAGUGAUUGUGUUAUGUGGAAAACAAAUCUGUUUUAUGAAGAAGACUACUGUUGCCUAGUGAUAGUGAAGAAUUGUGCUGAAAGUUCCUUCAGUGAAGACACUGUGCUACAAGAUUAGAUGAAAUUAACAGAAAUGUAUAUAAAGAAAGAACCAGGGUCUGAAGGGCCUGCAGUCCCUGGUGAUGAUCCUCAGAGCCGUGUGUGUUUUGUGUGUGGAAAUGUUGGUCAUCCAGAACAUUUCUGGUUGCGAUCAAAGCCUGGAGCACCUGGCGAAGCAUAUUUCCCAUUUCUGGAAUCCCAUGAACCUCCUGCAGGCUACAGAGAUCAUGUAGUUGCACCUGAUGGACUGCGAGCGUGUUGUUAUUUGUGCUACUCACUGUUACUGCAGCAGUGGGAAUGUCAUGAAAGAGAUGGCACUCCACAUUCACGCCGUCUAUAUUGGCUGAAACGUUGUGACAAUGGACCAUAUACGGGUGCUGAAAUGGCUGUGCAAGGAGAAUAUGCUGCACAGGUUCUUGGACUCAAUUCUGAUGCAACAUCUAGGGAAGCGAGUCGACCUGUGUCCAGAGAAGGAACUUCAAGCCGUCCAGGACUAUCACCACGCCUUCAGUGUCCACCUGCUAUGUCUGUAGAUGACUCACGAGGGUCAGAAGCAGCUCUUGAUCUUCGUCAUGCUACCAGGGAAUCUCCAUCUGCCCCACCUUCAGUCAGUGUACCAGCAGCACCAGGUCCUUAUGGUGGGACUGGCCCAACAGGAACAGAUAUUUUGGACCUCAGUAUGCCAGACAAGAAUUCAGCUACAGAGGUCUGUUAUGUUUGUGGCGAUGAGUACAAACGUGGUUCGCUCAGUCAUAUAUCAGCCAAACCUUUGCCAUCGGCAACACCACCUACAAGUGAAGGAAGUGGCAAUUCUCCUUUGCCUUCUCAGUCACCACAGCCAUUCUUCCCCAGUCUCAUGUUACACCCAAGGCCUGCGCGCUCUCGCCCCAUGGAUUCUGCAGGUCGUGUGCAGGCCUGUUCUGCCUGCCAGCGGCACCUCCUGCAUCAAUGGAAUGCGUACUCUGCUCAAGGUGUGCCACAUGGUGAUCGCAACUAUGUUUUGAGGAAACGCCAGGCACCAGCACUUGACACAACAACCUUUGUCUGCUACACAUGUGCACUUGAAUAUCCCUCGUCCUCAAUACGUCUCCUCUAUUGCUGUCCCAAUCCAGAGAAAGAGGCGUAUUUCCCUUUCAUUUGCUCUCUUCAACCCCCACAGGGUGCUAGUCCAAUAUCACCACAGGGAAUGGUGCAAGUCUGCUCAAUUUGCUAUAAAUCCAUACCACAGAAGCAUCAGGUUUUUGGUGGCAGUAACCAUCACACAGAGCAGCAGUGCCCACCAUCUCGUUCUCCGGCAAGUGCUGGUGGCGGUGACAUCCGUUUCAAACCGUAUGAUUUAGGAGGUGGUGCUAAAGUACCAAGUGUCCGACGAAAAACUUCAGUUACCAGUGAACCAGCAACUCUCUCUUCUGUGCGUAGUUUGCCCCCACCUGCAUCACCAGGACAGCCCCAAUCAAUACCUCCCCCAGAACGCCAACAAAAUGGUGCUCCACCUCUAACCAAUGUGAAUAACAACAAUCUGGGGCAGCAGAACUAUCGAUGCUACAUUUGUGGUGGUCUGUAUGCACGUUCGCAAAUGGAGUGGUUAAGUACAAGCCCAGAAGGCAUGAACUCGCAUGCCAUGCAUUUUCCUUGUCUCCGAAAUGUGACUCGCACUUCAGAAAAUGCGUGCACUGAUUCUCAUGGUCGGAUCCUCGCUUGCACUCGCUGUGUCAAUCAUCUGACACAGCAGUGGGAAACCCUGGAGGCUGAACGAGUACCCCUGGAACGCAGGAGGUAUGAUAUACCCACAUCAUUGGGCGGUGGAUGCUGGAAUGGUGACACACCUAGUACAAGUAGUUCCCCAGUUCCAUUGGGACCAACACAUAUAACAGAUCGCUCUAUUACAUCGGGAAGCUCCAUCUAUUGCUUUCUGUGUGGACUGCACUCUGACCUCACUCUAGCUCGUGUUCUCUAUGGGCGGCCACAGGGUCGUAAUGCGCCGUUCUUUCCAUUCCUCCUCCGUCAUGUGUCACCACCUAAUGCAGAACAGUUACGAGAAGAUGGCUCAGCACUUGUCUGCACCUUCUGCUACCAUUCCUUGUUAGCACAAUGGAGGCGUCUGGAACAAAGUGGACCUCCUGCUGAUCGUCGUGAUUACAACACACAUGACUAUUGUUGCUAUGUGUGUGGCAUUACUACAUACCGCAAGCGGGUUCGAGCUCUUCCUAUUAAGGAUUUUCCUUUCUUGAGGUAUCACAGACAACCUGAGAAGAGUCUUCUGCUCGAAAAUGGUGACUUUGCUGUGGUGUGCCUUGAUUGUUAUGAGACUCUGCGCACACAGUCUCUUGAAUAUGAGAGGUGGGGGUUGCCUGUAGAAAAGCGUGAAUACAAUUGGAUUACACAACCACCACCACCUGAGGAUUCGCCAGAUGCUACUGUUGCGAGGUUGCCAUCAGGAGAACGGUCAGAAAAAUUGGUACCACCAGCCCUUACGGCUCGCCCACCACGAAAAAAUUGUUCACCAAAGAACCCAGACAAAAAACUUAGUGGGUCUAAGAAUCCAAAUGGUCCUGAUAAAACGGAACAAGGUCUGCCUGCAGUCACGAAAGCAGCGGGUCCUGUAGGCAGUGGCCACUUGUUAGGGUCUCCGGCAGUGGGUGGCGCUGCGCCACAUUCCGGGAAACAGCACCACCGGCCUGGAGUGCCGCUGCCCGGUGGUCACACGGUACCUGGACCGGGACCGGGUCCAGGGCCUGGCCCGGGGCCCGGACCUGGAGGGCCACCCCCGCCCGCUGCUGUUGCACCUGCUGCCCCCGGCCCACAACCGCCGCCUCACUCGCAACCUCCUGCCUCUCAGCAGCAGGACCGUUCCUUUGCCGCCGCCCUGCGAAAGCUCGCCAAACAAGCUGUACCGCCCUCUGAACGCGAAUGUGAGGGGGAGCCACCACCAACCAGGCAAGUUUCGCCCAAGAGCCGGGGUCCGCCACCCCUUGUUAGAGGAACUUCUCCCACAUUGGGAACCACUUCGCAAGACAACCGUAAGCAGGAACGCACAUCUCACGAGCAACAUGGAUCAUCUCGUGGUAGCUCCUCAAGACCAGGAGAGGAAGUCUUUGGUGGUCGAGGUACAGCUGCUGGAAGCAGUGCUGUCGCUCCACCUGCUCCCGAGUCCUCAGCUGCUCCAAUGUUGGCACGUAGUGGUUUCCAGCCUUAUCGGCCAGAGGAGUCAAGAAUUGGACAUCCGCCCCCACCUCUGCCUCCUGCUGCAUUUGCCUUGGAUCCUACUGCUGCAACAGCUUAUGCUCAGUAUCACCACGGCCUGUACCCCACACAUUUGCAGCACCCCUAUGGCCUGGAAGGACAGCUAUGCUUGGAGCGUUGUGGAAUGUUACGUUCACCAUUAUUUCCACCUCUGCCCCCUACAACCUACCUAUAUGGGCUGCCACGGUAUUCUCCUGAUAUGCUUCCAACACCCUUUGGAGUUAUAUCACCAGGCAUGCAUGAGCGACUGAAACUGGAGGAAGAGCACAGGCGAAUUCGUGAAGAAGAGAAAGAACGUGAAAGGGAACAACAAGAGAGGGAAAGGGAUAAAGAGAGAAGAGAGAAGGCAAAGAGAAGCCCAAGAGCCUCACCCUCACACCAUCAGGAGUCUCCAGCUAGGAAGGCGCCCAUAGGGGGUGGGCGUGACCGAGGCUCAGACAGUCGGAAGGAACCAGGAGAGACAGCACCCCCAAGUAUUCAUAGGCCUCCUCACCCACCUCCACUGAUUGCUCCAGGUUCUAUACCUACACCCACAACUGUGACUUUGCCACCUCCAUUACAUUCUGUUCCGCCUCCUUCUGAAUCAGAAUUACACAAAGGAGCCCUUCAUCUUGGACAUUUGCAGCGUCUUCCUUACCCUCCAGGAGCACCACCACCUCCACCAGCACCACCACACCAUCCCCGCCUGUCAACUUCUACACCUCCACAUCAUGUUCUACCACCACCAGUGUCACAUUCAGCAGCUACUCCACCUCAUCAUCAUACAGCAUCUGCUACUCCACCCUCACAUGUCCCAACCCACACACCACCACACCACUACAUAUCUAGUCAACAUCCACCACCACACCAGCGUACAAAUAGCCUCCCACCAUCCCCUCAGCAGUUGCAACAGCAACAGCAACAUCAGCAGCAGCAGCAGCAACCACCAACAGCCCCACUGCCACCAACCUCCUCACAGCAACAGCAGCUGCAAAUUCCACAUCUGCAACAGCAACAGCAGCCACAGCAGCAGCAGCAACAACAACAACAGCAACAACACCAACUUCAACAGCAGCACCAGUCACAACUACCCACUCUGCCACAGCAGCAGCAGCAGCAGCAGCAGCAACAACAACAACAACAACAACAACAACCACCACCGUUGCAGCAGCAGCAGCAGCAGGUGCAUCUACAACAACCAUCCCAGCUACAGCCACAGGCACAGUUGCAAUCUCAAGGGCAGCAGCAGCAGCAGCAACAACAACAACAACAACAACAACAACAACAACAACAACAAGUGCUUCAACAACCCAAUCACCAGCACCAACAUUCACAGCAGCCUACAAAAAAUAUCCGAGAAGUUCCAAAUACUGUACCCGCAUUCGUGAGGCCUUUUGAAGACAGUUUUCCCCAGCAGCAUAGUUCGAGCAAAAGACUCAUCCCACCAUUGCAGCCUCCUGUUCCACCAGCUUCCUUUCCAUCACCUGUGAAAGACAAAGUGAUUUCUGAAACUCAUAGUGUGUUACAAGUGCCAGAAACAAGUGCAGCUCAGCCAGUAAUUACCAAAAACCACCAUGCUGUACAGUAUCUUCAUACAGUGUCUUCAGCAGGUAGUGUAAAUCAAAAUAUCCCUGUUACAAGCAACGGUCUCAAAUGUAACAACAGUCAUGAAGAUGUAAGGACUACUCACUUGCCAUCGAAAGAUGGCAUUUUAAGUGGUUUACAGGUUCCCAUUAGUGAGUGUAAUGUCCAAAAGUCUGGUAUUACAUUAGUGAGAUCUCAAAAUACAAUCUCUGGUCCUGACAUUGUGAACUGCCAGAAGCCAGUUACUGUUGAUAGUCAUCAGCCACCUGUUUCGCAGCAGCAACAACAGCAACAGCAGCAGCAGCAACACCAACAGCUACAUCAUCAUCACCAUCAUCAACAACAGGUGCAGCCAAUGCCACAGUCUCUAGGACAAUAUCCUGUCCAACCAGCUGGUCCUGUGGUGGACAGAACUGCUUCAAAUCAGCCACAGCAUCACACCUUCCUUCCGCAACCAGUGUCUCAGCAAAAUAUGCACCAGCAAGAUCAGUCUGCAUUCCAGGUGCCAACAGGGACCCCAACACACUUGCAACAACAACAGCAACAAUUGCUGAUUUCGCAGCAGCAGCAGCAGCAGCAACAACAACAACAACAGCAACAGCAGCAGCAGCAGCAACAACAACAGCAGCAGCAGCAGCAGCCAACAAUACAGUCAACUGCCCCGCAUGUGCAGCCACCUUCUCAACAUAAUUUGCAGCCGCAGCAGCAGCAGCAGCAGCAACAACAACAACAACAACAACAACAACAACAGCAGCAGCAGCGACAAGAACAGCAGCAACAUAUUCUGCAGGUGCCACACCCUCCGCCCAUAAUUAUUGUGCCUGAUGCUGCCAAAGUAUUAGCAGCAGCAAAGGAUCCAUCAGGGCCUAUGUCAGUGUGGGAUUACCAUUAUUGCAGCAAAAGCAUUUCAAAUCAGAAGAAUUUGGAAAAUGACAUACCCGUAACAGCAGUAACAAGCAAACUGGAUCUCGCUGAACGCCGCCGUCGGGAAAAGAGAAACCUGUCAAACAAUGCAGCAUCUGCUGCUUCUGAUUCUGAAGGAGAGGACCAAGAUGUGCAUCUUUCUAUCUGGCUAACCAAAGGACCUCCAGCUGAAUUGGAUACAUCACCAAAGAAGCUCAAAUUCCUCAGCAUGUUUGGUCUGACAACACUUGCCAAAAGAAAUGAAAUGGAGCUUCGAAAACUUGAAAGGCGGCUUGCUCGUAGCCUCACAUUGGUACAAUUGGAGGAAAUGUCAGUGGUUCCAUCUGCUCUUGAAAGUAAUGGUACCGAAUCACCUCCACUUCCACUUAGUUUACCACUACCUCAAGAUCACCCUGAGGUACUAGUGCGCUCUCCUGAUUACAAGAGCAAAGUACGCUUCCUACGUUUCCUGGGGCUUGAAGCACUGUCCAAAAAGGAUAGGGAAGAGAGUGAACUGAUAUGGCAGACUGUUCUCGCAGAACGAUUACGGCGGAAGUGCGUAAAUUCUGUGGCAGCCUAUUGCAGCAAAGCUGCAGUACGCUCCAAACGUGCCCUCAGUCCAGACAGGGAUAAAGAAGUUUUAACAACUGUAACAAUCCCCGCCCCAGGGCAGAAUGGUGCGCGGACACUGACGCCUGCUGCUGCUGUACUGAUACAGGAUGGCGUCAAGAGGUGGGCGGCUACAGCAGCAGUAGUUCAGUCCCAGCCUCUAACAUUACCUCUACCAACACCUUUGCGACCUGAGUGCCCUGAUUCACCUUUGUCCAUAGAGGAAGAAUGUCCUCGCUGGAAUGGAGUGGAAGAGAUCUUUGAAGCAUACCAUAGAUAUGCUGCAGAACGAGCAGAGGAAAGGCGUGUUCUUCAAGAACAAUGUACAAGACAGUACCGGUUAUUGACUGAACGGCGCCGUGAAUUGGAUGCUCUCGAUCGGAGACGGCGAGAUUUAGAAGCUAGAAAGAGACUGCAAGAUUGUGAGCGGCAACAAAUUCAGGAAGCCAUUGAUAACCUGUAUGCCUGCCUGCAUCGUCUACGGUAGCACACCGCAGCCAGGAGCCAGAUGCGACCCCGGUCACGCCCACGCCCAAGGCCGAGGCCGCCUCCUCAGUUGUCUGGUUCCUGUGCACCUUCUGCUCUGUGUGUGUGAGAAACUAGUUCUGCCAUUCAUGCUAAUUCCCUUUGUAAAGGGCACUUGGCAUCAUUGGCCCAUCUCUAUGGUGUUGUCGUUGUUUGCUUGUCAUUGAGCCUAAAGAUUUGUUAAACUUGAUAAAAGUUUAUACUGAAGAAGCACAGCAUUAUGCGCACAGUUCUGUCCCAGCUGAUCUAAAGAUUAUGUGUAGUGUCAAAUUACACUAGAAAAACAAAAAGUGAUAAGUGGGACUCAUUGCUUGCUGUAGAUGUGUAUGGAGAGCUGUUUCAGCAGACUCCGUUGUGCCAUUGCGUUUUGUUAUUAGGUCAUAUUUUUCAUUUCUACAAAUUCUCCAGGCUGUUUUUUCAUUGUUCUUACUGUUGUGUGCAACACUUACUGCUAGUGUAAAAUACAAAAUGUCCCCGUUCAGUUGUUGAUGUUUGAGAUGUUUCAGUAUUGUUUUUACAUAGUGCUUACAAGAAAUAUGGUGUGUUGCAUGGUACAGUCUUUUAGUGAAAUAGUUGUUAUUUGUGCUCUCAUGCUGUUGUGUGUUGAAUCUGUGGAAAUGCAAUAUUUGUGUUGGCACUUCUAUGUCUUGGUACUUUGGACUGAAUAUUUGGUGACAAAGGAAAUUAUCAAUUUCCCUUUAGAUUAUAACUGUUCUUUUGUGAACACUGCAAAAAUAUUGAGAGAGUGGGGUACCAGGGUAAACUGUUGUGAUCAAAAGCUUCCUUAAAUCUAAAAACUAACUUUAAUUUCAUUUUAAUGCAAGAAAUUUUUUAUAAGUUUAAAAAAACAUCUCUUUGUUGUAAUUUCAACAAUUAUGAAAAAUAGAUUGCUACUCACUGUAAAGAUGACACAUUGAGUUGUAGACAGACACAACAAAAAGACUGUUACAUAAUUGUUGAUAUUCCAACCUGGACUUUCAUUGUUGUAAUGGUUACUUGGACAUUACUUCAUAUUCAUGUAUACAAACACAAACAUAUAAGCUGUUAAAAGUACAUCUCAUUAGUGCAGAAUAGAUAUUCAUUAUUUUUGUUUGUUAUUUUCCCCUGCUAUCUUGAAAGGACUGCUGUUACUGCUCAACCUUCCACAUUAAUAAACUGUGUGUCUAAAAUACAAAUCUCCCCCCCCCCCCCCCCCAAAAAAAAAACCAUUAAGUUUUUUCACUUCAUUCAUUAGUGUAUGUUUUUUAGAUCAUUAUCUUCCUGUUACCUAAGGUCUUCCGUGAAUAGACAAUUAUUUGUUUCUGUAAUGUAUGUAAAUCACAGUGGCAGAGGUGUUUUAGCAGCUAAUGCAUAAUCAUUUGGAUUCAUAUAUAUGUCCUCUCCCUCUCCUCAUAUACUUUGCAGAUGAGCAGAAUAAUGCCCUCUUUUGCUGGGCAGCAAGUGGAAGGAAAGGGGGGAGAAUGAUGAAAGAGAAGUGUGAGACAUUUGAAAUAAACAAGUGCUAUGGAACCCAGUUAAUGACUGAAAUCUGUGCACAUUCACUGUAGCUACAUGUUGCGUUUCUUUCAUCAUCUUUGAUUCUUAUGCCAUUAUCAGCUGCUACUUUAACAAAAUUCCUUCCCAUUCGAGAAAAAGGCAAGUAUUAAACUGUCUGCCUCUCAACAAGCAUUGAUGAUGUCGUUGUCAUGUUACUGUGUCACAAAACAGUAUAAAUAUCUCUUACUUUCCUCUUGCUGUGCGAGUAACUUGAGGUUUGUGAACACACUAAUGUGAUUCAGAUUUAUGUGUUCAGUCAUGAGGCUUUGCAACUACUUUCUUAAAAACUCUUCAAUUCAGGAAUCUUUAGUUGAAGGUCUCUGAAUUGUUGAAAGGUACAUUCCACUUUGUAAUUAAUGUGUGAGUAUGGCAGCUACAAAAGUUACCUCAGUUUCACAAACACCACCGUUUGCCAGUAAUGAGUGUUGUUCAAGAUUCCAUAUAAUGAUGUAUAGCUAGUCUGUGUCUAUAGAAUCUGCUCGUUGUUACUCCAUUAGCUACAGCCGCUGCCAGAUAAUGUUUAGUGCUUUAAUAUUUUGGCUAAAUUUUUGUGACCUGCCUAAUCAUGAUUACAAUAACAGUUUUCUACUUCUACAUGCAUUUAUCCUUCUGCAGUGGUUUCUUCAUUGUGCAAGCCAACUUCAGUAAGAUAAAUGUGUUAGAGUGUGGAACUGAUUAACAUAAAGAUGGUAAGAUUGCUAACUCAUUUUAUGAGGAGUUGUAGAACUGGAGUGUGUGUGUUUUGAGUUUUAAUCUUUAUUUCAGUAAGCAGUCUACAUUAUAUAGUCAUGUUUUAGGAUUUUAAUUUCAGUAGUGUACUUCUUUUGAAGUGGCUGUGUUGUGGAUGUUCCUUAAUAUUUUUUUCAGUAGAUAUAUUUGUUAGAGGAAUAAUAAUUAUGCAUUCAUUUGCUCAUAAUGAGCUGAGACUGAAUUGCAGGCAUUAUCUUUCAGUUGUAGUUCUCAGAAUAUAUAAAUGUCGUGUAAGUUUUGUUUUUGAUGUUUGAAUGAUGUGAUGGUUUCAUUGUGUCUGUACUAUCUGUGUAAUAUAAGCUAAAGAGUCUUUUUAUCUGUGAGAGACAACUUGAAAAAUAAAUAAUGUGGCUUUAGUUUUAUAUAUAACUGUGAGCCUUUUACUGGAAACAGAUGCUUUGUUACCUGACAUGCAAACAGUAAAUGGAAUAUUUUCUGUCUUGUUCCUAUAAAGCUUUAUUUGUAUGUAAAUUCCUCCAUUGCUGCUACCUGUGCACAUUACCAUUAGCUAUUAUUUCAUUUGGUGUGCGACAGUUGAGCAUGCAACAUCAUAAAUUACUUUGAUAAACAUGAAUAAAAAUUGUUUGUACCUAGUUCCACUUCAUUUAUUUAGUGUCAUAACUGAACAUGAUAACAUAACUGUAAGACAUUCCAAAAGCUGUGGCAUUCCAUUUGUAAAUCUGUUGCAAUCUUGUGCAAUUGUUGAUGUUUGUGUGGAUGCAGAUCAGUGCCCUGAUUAGACUUGCACCUGCAUUAUUAAAGUAUGGCAACAUCAGGCUCCUUAACCAGUUUGCAUUUAAACAACAAAGUUUGAGAAUGUGGAUGUUGAUUGAGUGAGUUAGUAUCUUUAUAUACAGAGUAAAACAUUUUAUCAGUGCCUCCAGUGGUGAAUUUUUAAUUUGUUAAGACCCAAAAAUCAAUGAUGUAUAUAUGUAUGGUUUUUAUUUUCUACAUUAUUUAAUGAUAUUGUAGAAGGCAUAUUUUAUCUGCUGUUUCUCUCUUUCCUGUAAUAGUAUUUUAUUGGAGAAAAUAAGGUUGAUAUGAUAGUCCUUUUAUGUCUUAUUGUAUAUAUAUACAUAUUAUAUAUAUAUAUAUAUUAAUGCAAAGCUGUAUGUAUAGAAUAUUUGUAACAUGAAAACUGAAAUAAUUAUUAUCUUUGUAAUAUUUAUACUUUUACCUAGUAAAUAUUGACCAUGAAAUGUGUUCCAUAUAUGAGGCAGGAAUGGAUCUCCUUUCCUCAAAGAAUGAUUGAAUAAAAAAAAAGAGAAUUGUCUAGAGGUGCUGUAUAA